AGAGAGAGAGAGAGUAGUAGGGGGUGCGCAGCUUAAGCCGCGUACGCUUGCGUCACACACCCCUCCAAUCCCCUAAACGGUGGUGGAUCUUAGAUCUUGAAAUCAGCCGCACACCCUCCCUCCCCCUCUCCUAAUAACACCACCACCACCACCAUCCUCCCCCCCAUUAUGUCACCCCUCAACCUCCACUAUCACCACCACCACCACCACCAGCCAUGGCUGCGUCCUUGUCCUCAGCCCAAGAACCCAGCCCAACCACCGCCGUCACCAUCAUCACCAACACCAACACCAACACCGCCGCCGUCGACGCCCGUCCGAUCCCUCAGCCGCCUUCUUCCUCCCGACGCCUCCCUCCUCCUUGCUGGUCUCAUGAAGAAACCGUAGCUCUCAUCGACUCAUACCGUGACAAAUGGUACACCCUCCGCCGUGGUAAUCUCAAGGCCACCCACUGGCAGGACGUCGCUGAUGCUAUUGCUCGCCGCUGCCCCUUUGCCAACCCUUCCAAGACCUCCGUUCAAUGUCGUCAUAAGGUCGAGAAGCUACGCAAGCGUUACCGCACCGAGAAGCAGAAAGCCCUCUCCAACCCUGGUCGCUUCUCCUCCUCGUGGGUCUACUUCCGCAAAAUGGAUGGCAUGGAGAAAGGCCCUUCUCCUGCCCCUCCCCGUUCUAAUUCCACCGACGAAGACGAUGAGGACGACGAUGAUGAUGAGAAUGAAGACGAUGGCGAGGACGACGACCCCAUGCCUCCCACCAAUACCCGUAGUCUCCAUCGCCUUCUCAAUAAUGGGGUUAGUACCAAUGGCAGUAGCGGAGGAGGUGUUGGAGGGUUUCGUCUUAGAAUUCCCAGCCGCGCCACGAUUGCUUUGCCAGCCAUCACGGGGUUCCGGUCCAAGAGCUACGAUAGGGUCGUCGAUGAAAACCCUAAUCCGAAUCCUAACCAUAAUCCUAGGUACAUGAAUGGUGGUUCCUCGUCGAGGUCCAGCUUUGGGCGGAGGAGCGAUGGGGGUGGGGGUGGGGGUGGUGGAGGGGUUAAGAGAGAGAUGGAUCCAGUUUCCGAUAUGGUUACUUCGAUUAGGAUGUUGGGAGAAGGGUUCGUGAAGAUGGAGCAGAGGAAGAUCGAUGUGGCCAGAGAGAUCGAGAGAAUGCGGAUGGACAUGGAGAUGAAGCGGACCGAGAUGAUUCUCGAAUCCCAGCAGAGAAUCGUCGAAGCUUUUGCUAAAGGGUUUUCUGGGAAGAAGAAGAUCAAGAGGUUACCAUCGCCGGAUUCAUAGAGAAGGAGGAUCAGAAAAAUAAUGUAUUUUGUUCGAUUGCUCUUCUGCAUUUUCAUGGUUAUGCUCAGUAUUUGAAAGAACAGAUCUCGAGAAGCCUUGAUUUGCCUCAAGAAGGAAAAUGCGAUCCCCACUGCUCACUGCUUGCCAAUCGAAGUCUUGGGCUUGCACCCAUCACUCCAAUUUGGUCUUAUUAUCGAAAUAUAUGGAAGCCGGUGAGUUGAAGACAUAAAGAUCUUAUGAAUUCCUCCUUUCAUUUUUACAUAUUUCUGUUUUGUUGUCUGUUUGAUCAGAAGCUCAGAACUUCCGUAAUUUUUGUAAUUAUUUAUUUCGUAGGAAACUGAAAAGUUACUAUUUAUUAGGAAAUUUGCUACUCAAAAACAAUGAAUUGUUUACUCUGUAUUAGACUUGGGGUCGCAUUGGAAGGUUUUAAUGGAUCUUGGGUUCUCUUUCCUUCA